CGACUUUAAAUGGUUAAAAAAUGUUCCCCUCCUGGUGUCACUGUUACACCAAUAAGGCCAUAAAGGACUCAGCCCCUCCUCCGAAGAAAGCUUUUUUUUGGUACUAACAGCAGACGAUACAUCAGAUGUAAGGGUGCGAGUUGGAUGAGAUGGUGUGGUCUGCUUUCUAAACAUGGAAAACUAAACAUAAGGAUAGAUUUAAUUCUUUGCAGAACCGGGCUCGUGUGUGGGUAUGUGUUGCUGGACAACGAUGGGGAGUAAAAGACGAUCUCGCUCAUGUGACUAUUGUUGGUUUGCUAUUCGUUUUUCCUUAUUGCUGAUUUUCGGAAAGCAGGCUCUGGCUGAACUGAGAUACUCUAUUCCGGAGGAGAUGAAAGAAGGAACCGUUGUCGGAAAUGUUGCUAAGGAUCUUGGUCUGGAAAAAAACGCUUUAAUUGAUCGACGAUUUCGUGUUGUGUCAGGAUCCAAGGACGCUUUUUUCGAGGUAAACCCGGACAAUGGUGCCUUACAAGUCCGUAAAAAGAUCGACAGAGAGGAGCUGUGUCACGGUAGUGGUGCAUGUCUAAUGGAGCUGAAAAUCCUUGUUGAAAACCCUUUGGAAAUGCAUCAUAUUGUUGUAGAAAUUACGGAUGUAAAUGAUCACUCCCCCCGGUUUUCUGAAAAGGAACAGCAAUUUCAAAUAGCAGAACAUACAGCUCCGGGAACGCGAUUCGAUCUGCACGCAGCUCGUGAUCCGGAUGCUGGAAGUAACUCUAUUCGUACAUAUACAUUAACAUCCAAUGAUCACUUUGAAAUAGAUGUUAGUCAAAGUGACGAGGACAAAAUACCGUUUUUAGUGCUGAAAAAGUCCUUAGACAGAGAACAAAGGAAUAAACACGUGCUAUUUGUAACAGCAGUUGAUGGAGAUGCAUAUCCCAUUAUUUGA